AUGGGAGCAUGUAAUAAUAAUUUAUAAACAGCUGGAACCAUUAAAAUUUAAUCUUUUCUUAAAUCUCUGCUUAAUCAUAACAGAGAUAUAUAAUUUACUGCUCCUAUAGGUGCAAUUAAAGAUGAAACUUAAUUAUAAGCAGAAAAUUUCAGCAUAUAAAUAUGGAAUCAAUUUGAUGCAUUAAGAAAAGUUAGAUAAGAUUAGAAUUAGCUGUAUAACAUCAUCUCUUUCUUUGUAUUGAAAUAGAUUGUUUAGUAAAAUGAUUAGGUUUUAUUAUAAAAAAUAUAUGCAGUAUCCCAAUCUAUGUAAUGGUAAGUAUAUUUUUAAGGAAGGCAAAUUUUAAACAAUAAAAUGAAUUUGAAAAAUAGUUUUAAAAAUAUCAUAUAGAAGAUUGUAAAAGAAAAACAUCUUUUUGAAUUAUAUUAUUCAGAUAUUCAAAACAAUCAUAACUUCUUUGUGUUAUGUAUAAUAUUUUUUAGAAACUGGAUAUAUGAUAUUGCAUCAUAAAACAAAGAAAAAUUAAACAAGAAAGAAGAAAUACAGAAAAUUUUAGAUUGGAAUAUCCCAUUUAAUUUGACAGAAUAAAUUCUACUUAAUGAAAUAGCCUAAAAUAUGAAUUUGUAAUUGUUUAUUUAUAUAUAAACUAGGAAAAUUAACAUUUUUGAUGUAUAAACACAAUCCUAAGAGCAUUUCGGAACAGCAUAAAUAGAAAAUUUUAUAAUAAAAUAAUUAAGUUAACUUUACAUAGGUUUACCAAAAAAAUAUUUUACUAGAAAUAAUCCUUCUGCUAUUAUUUAUUAAUUAUAUAAGUAAACAAAUUAAGCUAGAAAUGUAGCUUUAGAAUAAUAGAAAUUUGUAAGUGAAGAUUAAAAUUAAUAAGAGUUAAUUUUUGAGUAUUAAAUGACUAAAUAAAUGUUUGAAUAAAUUAAACUUAGAGGAUUUAAAAGAGUAAGAGGAGAUGGAAAUUGUUUUUAUACUGCCUUCAUCUAUUAGUAUCUACAAAUAGUAAUAACAAAGUUUGGAGAUUAAGAAUUUUAACAAUUUGUAGAAAUUUUACAAUAAAUUGAUUUUAAUCUUACACAUGAAACUAUUGAACAUUUUCCAACAGGAACUAGAAAAGAUCUAAAAUAAAUAUUUCUUAAUUUUAUUUAUGAAAUAAUAGGAAGCAAAGAUAAGAUAUAAAGUUUUGAAAAUGAAUUUAAAAAUACAAAAAGUAUUUUUUAUGCCUUAUCAAUAAUAUAUGCAAAAAAUUUAAUUCAUUAUUUUGUAGAAUUUAAGUAUUCCAAUUAUAUAAUAUUUAGUUCUGAAUAUCAAGUUUUAUUAGGAGAGGAAGCAGAAUAAUAAAUAUACUAAUGGGAACUUGAAACAGACAAUAUUUAAGUAUUACUAGUGAUUUUAGCAAAUUGUUUAAAUCUUAUUCUGCAUUUCUAUUUCAUUGAUUCUGAUAGCAAAACUAUUGAUCUACAAUUCUAUUAACCUUAUUAGAAUGACUUAUCAUUACCAUCAUAAAAUAUAUAUUUACUAUUUUGCCCAGGACAUUAUUGUAUUGGAUUACCUUUAGAAAAAAAUUGA